UGUUAGUUUCAGCAGAAUGUGAGCUAGUGAAUCAAGCUUACAUCUAACACGCACUACAACUUCAUGGAUUCACUGAGUGAGGAGGAGUUGAGAUUGAUCGUAGCCAGACAGAUGGAGGCCGCUCAGUGUUGUGUGUGUUUAGAGCCUCUGCGUCCCUCGGUGGUGGUGUGUGUGCGCGGUCACGGAGUGUGUCAACCCUGCAGACUCAGGUUGGCCAACUGUCCCAUCUGCAAACAACCGUUUUCCCCAGACAAGCCCAUACUGUUGGCACAACUGUUAGACACACUGCCACAUGAGUGCCAACACAAAGGAUGCUCUUACUUUGUCCGAGCAGGGGACGACCACGAGGCUUGGUGCGGUCACAUUCGUUCUAGCUGCAAAAAAUGUGACUGGAUCGGCAGUGGAGAGAGCGUUCUCGACCACGUGAAAGAAGAGCAUUCCAAACUCCACAUAUUCAAGGAAAAAAACUACUGCCGAUUGGAGAAUUUUGAUCCAGAGGAAGAGAUUUGCGACUUUGUUCCUUUCUACGUCCACGGACAGUUUUUCUGGGGAGAGUGUUCUAUAGAUUUGAGAAAACAGUGCUUAAGCUUGAGGUAUCAUUUGGUGCGGAACGGGAAAGUUGAUCGAGACGUUUAUGUAGUGGUUCAAAUGAAAAACUCCACAAUGCAUAACACGUACAAGUUGAAGCUGUGUAUGGACCAGGUGAAACCGAAGGAUAAUGUGAUUUCUAUUGGAUUGUCAGGUUUGAACGCGUUUGUUGACAAACAUAAUAAUCUGUGUUAUCAAGUAGACUUUGUGUUGGGAAACUCCUUGGGAUGAAAUGUUACAUAUAACUGUCAUUUGUCCAACAUA